CAAAGCACCGCAGUAUUGCUUUUUCAUUCGUACUGUGCGGGUAUUGUGUCAUUCAUUCUCCUGCUCAUUAUACUCAAAAGAAAUUGAAUUGAAUUGAAAAAAAAAAUAAUAAUUCAAUAGCCCUUCAAACACAAAAUAAACAAAAAAUAAAAAUAACAUGAAAAAUAAUAAUUACAAUUAUUAUUUACUCAUUAUUAUGAAGCAAUAAUAACAAGUGUUUUGUGAAUUAUUUUUUAUUGUUAAUAAUUUUUAAAUUGAUAUAUUUUUUUAAAAUAUAUAUAUAUUGUGAAAUAAUAUUACUUUGUGAUAAGAGGACACGAGGAUUACCCGGGGACGCUGGAUUAUAAAUUAGGGGGUUGUUUCGAGCGACCUAGAAUCCUCAAAUAUCAACCCCUGGAUAUAACAGUGAUAUUAAUAAUAUGUAAAAGAAAAAUUUAAAUUUCUUAUAUAUAUAUUAUACAGUGGUUUUAAAUUUAUAAAAAAAAAUAUAUUAAAAAUGGCAGGGAUUGUUUUUUUUUCUAUAUAAAUUUUAUUUAUUUGGAGUAUAUUUUUUUUUGGUGAAAUUAAUUUUCGUUUUUUAUUUUAAAUUGGAAGGGUUCAUUGAAAAAAAAAACAAUACUUAAAUUUUUUAUUUAAAUUGUGUUUACGUUUGUGAUAUUAAAAGGUUUUAUAAUAGAUUUUUUUACUAUCAACGUGUUGACAUUAUCAAAUUGAAGUUGAUAAAUACCUCUUCAACGUUUUGAAUAUUUUAGAUGCAUGUAAUGCUGAUCAAUAAAAAUUCACUGGAAUGCAAAACGAGUAUAAAAAAUAUACAUAAAUUAAAAAAUGCUUUCGUACAUGCUACCAACGGGGGACAAACCUCCACCAGGUGAAACUCAUAAUCAAGCAUACAAUCGUUUAUCACGUUUACAAAAUCGUAAUAAUAAUAAUGGUCAAAUAAUAAGAAAUGGAAUAAUAAAUACAACAACAAUAAUGCAACCAAGACGUACUAUUGAAGUUAAUAAAAAUUCUGGUACAUCAUCAAUGAUGAUUACGACAACAUUACCAUUAAAAAAUAUUGAUAAUAGCCAUGAUAAUAAUUGUAAAAAAAAUGAUAUUAAUAAUCAUAGUCCAAAGCAUAAUGGUACGACAAUAAUAACAACAGCAACACCAAGAAAAUCAACUUUACAUACAUCAAGAGUUACUAAGGAUGAUAGUCUUCAUAGUAUUAAUAGUGAAGCAAGUACUGGUGGUGGUAGUGAUAGAAAAUCUAAAAUUGCUAAUGGUGCUAAACAUGCUAAUCUCAAAAGGGUUUCAUUUGGCUCGAGCAAAGGAUCCAUGGUAGAGACACUAGUUUACGAAACUCCGGUACAGGAAGAGCCGGAAAUUAAUCACUUCCUUGACCAUAAUGGUCGAUUACCAAUGAUUCCAGUUCCUGACACAGAUGAAGGAAGAGAAAAAGUACGAGUUGCAUUCCUGGGUCCACAGCCCCAUCCUGUGACACCUGGUGUCCUACUUCUUGAUCCAAUUUUACCCCCCGGGGUUCACCUUCUAGAUAACAUGUCAACUGGACCUGCGGAGCUUUUAACAACUCAUACAGAGCACACAUCACCUGCCUAUCACACCCAGAUCAGUACGGACAGUGGAUGGGACAAUCCAUUCAGGCCAGAUGGUGAUUUAUCACGUGAAGCUGAUGAAAUUGUUGAAUUAAUAAAAGGUGGUAAACCAAUAACACCAACACCUGGACAAAAUACACCACCAUUACCUGGUUGUGAUGAUAAAAAUAAUGUUGAUGAUAUUGAUACAAGUAAAAAUACAAUAAUCAAUACAUCUGGACGUAUUACUAAUGGAAAUGGUACACAAAAUAUUAACGUCAAUAAGCAGCCUAUUAAUGAGAAGGUUGGGCCUGCAACGAAUGCAGCAACAGUGGAAGUUGGCAGAGUAAUGUCACAAGGUCCAGGUGAUGCAUCGCUGGUCGAGCAUGUGACACUCAAGAAAAAACCCAAGUGCAAAUGUUGCGUACUUCAGUAACCGAAGUAAUAGUAAAAAAACAAAAAAAAAAAAUUAUAUAAACAAACAUAAAUGUUGAAACAAUAAAAUAAAAAUUAUCAAAUUCAAUUUUACCCUAUUAAAAAUAAUAUAUCUCUCUAAAGAAAAAAUUUAAAAAAGCAUUCAUUGUAAAAAUAAAAAAAAUAAUCUACAGUUUAAAAAUAGAAAAAAAAAAAGGUGCAUAAAUACAUUUACCACAAUUUGACUGAAUAAAAAAAAUCGUGGUUAAAGUAAAUUGAAAAAGAAAUUAUUAAUAAUUGGGGUAAAAUAAGAAAAACGAAAUAAAAAAAAUUUGAUUGUGAAAAAUAAUAAUUAUGGACCACCAAGAAAGUCCCAAGACCUUUUUAAGUGAUAUAUAAUAAUUGAUAUAAAUUUACGCAAUUAUUAAGCAUGAAUUAAUGACGAAGAAAAAAAAAAAAAAUAAAGAGAUAAUGACGAAUACAAAAAUUAAAAAAAAGAAAAAUUAUAAAUAUAUAUUAUUAUAUAUAUAAACAUUAUAAUAUUAAAAUAUAUUGUAGAUAAAAAAUGGUAGCUAUAUAUGCUUUUACUAUUGUGGUUAUUUAUCAUUAAUAUUAAUCGUCGAAAAAAAAAUGUUUAAAUUUGCAAAAGAUAAAUUAAAAUAGAGUACAGACAAUUUCGAAAAUUAAAUAUUGAUUGGUAAUAAAUUGAUGAAAAAAAAAAAACAAGACAAAUUAAUUAUAAAAAAAAUAAUUCAAUAAAUUAUGAAAAAUUAUAUUUGUGAAAUUAAUAAUUCCAUAAUGAAUAUGUAAAAAAAAAAAAUGAAUAAAAUUGAAAAGGCACGAGUAAAGAUUCAGGAUUUAUUAGAGAAAUAAAUUUU